AUGAUUAAAAAGAAAGAAAGAAACCGUUUACGUUUAACGCAAAGACAUAAAAAUCUCCGACCGACUUUGCGUUGCUACAAAAACCUAGGUCUCUCUUGGGAUCUGCCCUCUACAAACUUUGAAGUUGAUGAGAUGAUCGACACCCUUUACCCAAAAAAGAAAAAGAAAUAUAAAGAUAUUGAAUAA